CAACUCUCUCUCUCUAGGAAAUUGCUACUCUCUCUCAGAUAGUUUUGGCCCUCUCUCUCUCUAGGAAAUGCAACUCUCUAGCUCUGAUUUCGGCGUUAUUUCUGGAGAAAAUUGCUAAUUUUCUCUCUCUAUCGGUAAAAGUUAGUUGUCUUUCUCUCUCUAGAAAAUGCAUGGCUCUCUCCAUGUCUAAUUUGUGGCCUUCUCUCUCUAUGCCGCUUGAAAAGUGGGGCUGUCUCCCUCUAUGUGGAAAAGUGCCACUUUCUCUCUCAUCUCUAGAAAGCAUUCGCGCCUUUUUCUUCCCAAAGGAAUUUCUGUUUACGGAUUUGGUGGAGGAGAUAUCGAGUUCUUGAGAGACUUUGCAUUUGAUUGUUGAUGUUUGAAUGGUGUGAAGGCCAGAAUGGAUUCUGCAAAGAGCUGGUUUCAUAAAUUUCAACCCAGAGAUAAAUUGAGAUCUUCAAGUAAGAAAAGAGAAACAACAAACGUAAAUGAGGCACCAAAGCCUGUUAGCGAGGAAGCUGCUUCUAAUGUCACAAAACAGAAGGUGGCUGCUGCAAAGCAAUACAUUGAGAACCAUUAUAAAUCUCAGAUGAAAAAUUUGCAGGAGAGAAAGGAGAGACGCUGGGUUUUGGAGAGGAAGUUGGCGGAUGCAGAUGUGUCAGAGGAAGAGCAAAACAAUCUUCUUAAGCAUUUGGAGAAAAAGGAAACUGAGUAUAUGCGCCUUCAGAGGCAUAAAAUGGGUGCUGAUGAUUUUGAACUCCUGACAAUCAUAGGGAGAGGUGCAUUUGGAGAGGUCAGAAUUUGCAGAGAGAAGGCAACUGACAAUGUGUACGCAAUGAAGAAGCUUAAGAAAUCAGAGAUGCUUCGAAGAGGGCAGGUUGAACAUGUUAAAGCUGAGAGGAACCUCCUUGCUGAGGUUGACAGCAACUGCAUUGUGAAACUUUAUUGUUCUUUCCAAGAUGAGGAAUAUUUGUAUCUUAUCAUGGAAUAUCUCCCUGGUGGGGAUAUGAUGACAUUACUCAUGAGAAAGGAUACAUUGAACGAAGAUGAAGCCAGGUUUUAUGUUGGACAAACGGUUUUGGCUAUUGAAUCUAUCCAUAAGCACAACUACAUUCAUAGAGACAUCAAGCCUGACAAUCUCUUGCUGGAUAGAUAUGGUCACAUGAAGCUGUCCGACUUUGGUUUAUGUAAACCGUUAGAUUGUAGUACGCUGCCAAGUCUACAUGAGAAUGACAUGACACUGGGGAAAAACUUAAGUGGAUCACUUGCAACUGAUGGGAAAUCCCACAUUUCUAAUGCACCAAAGCGCACACAACAGGAGCAACUAUUGCAUUGGCAAAGGAACAGACGCAUGCUGGCUUAUUCCACAGUUGGCACACCUGAUUAUAUUGCUCCAGAAGUUCUGCUGAAAAAGGGUUAUGGAAUGGAGUGUGACUGGUGGUCUCUUGGAGCUAUCAUGUAUGAGAUGCUUGUAGGGUAUCCGCCAUUUUAUUCAGACGAACCAAUGUCAACUUGCAGAAAGAUAGUGAACUGGAGAACACAUUUGAAGUUCCCUGAAGAAGCCAAGCUCUCAGUUGAAGCCAGAGAUCUUAUUAGUAGGUUGUUAUGCAAUGUUGAACUGAGGCUUGGGACUAAAGGAGCCCAUGAAAUUAAGGAACAUCCUUGGUUUGAAGGCCUUCAAUGGGACAGGUUGUACCAGAUGGAAGCUGCAUUUAUUCCAGAAGUCAAUGAUGACUUAGACACUCAAAAUUUUGAGAAGUUUGAAGAGUCUGGGAAGGAAACACAAACUUCAUCAAAGUCAGGCCCAUGGAGAAAGAUGCUUUCUUCAAAGGAUAUAAACUUUGUGGGUUACACCUACAAGAAUUUUGAAAUUGUCAAUGAUCAUGAAGUGCCUGGAAUGGCUGAACUGAAGAAGAAAGAGAAAGCAAAGAUGCCAACAAUCAAAUCCAUAUUUGACCCCAAUCCUCCAUCUGAUCAGCCUGUAAAGGGAAGCUUCAUGAGCCUCCUUCCUUCCCAUUUUGAAGUCACUGAACACUCCAACAACAAGAGCCAUUGACACCAUGAAUUAUGUCUGGUUCGCUUUGCCACUUCUGCAACUCUCUUCAGUCUCUCACUAGAUAUCUUGCAAGUCAAGGUAUCAUUUUUUCUGCAAAGUGUCAACUUCUGUGUCGAUGUACUUAUGGAGAGAGAAUGUAACUUCUUCUGCUGAUUUCACGCACUGCUAAAAGUAGCUGUGGUGAUCUUGGAGAGAGGUUACAUGUUUUUUAAGGUGAAUUAGUUGCCUUUCAAUGGAAGAGAGAUAAACCAAGAAGGAAGGAAGAGAGUUUGGUGGUUUGCUUCUCGAAAUAUUGGUAGUAUUCUUUUCCCUUUGAGGAUGAGGGGGCUCUGUAAAUUGAUUGAAGAGAAACAGCAAUUCUUUUAUUAUAUUUUGGGAAUCUGAUUGUUUUUUUUACAGUGCAUCAUUUCCCACUGGUGUUUUCGAAUCCUAUAUUUUCGUUAUUUUUGUUAUUUAUGAAAUAAUUUUUAUAGGUAAUUGUUAUUA